GUGUUUGGCAGGGCGGCGCCCUUGCUGUCUAUCGGGGAGGGCGCGGGGCGCGCCCGCGGACGCGCCCUGGGCGGGGGGGGGCAUGGCGUGGCUCAACAGCGAGGUGACCCGCGCCGCCGGGUGGGGCGCCGAGGCCCUCCUGGAGCUCGUCGAGCGGCGUGCCCCGGACUUCAACGUCAUCAAUGCCGCGACCGCCCUCAGCCGUCUCGCGCGCCUCUUCGAGGGCGCCGACAACGGGCGCCGCGAGGAGCUCUUCGAGCUCCCGGCCUUCCGCGCGCUGCUGCGGCGGACCGUGGAGCUCGUGGAGCCGCCCCCGGUGUCGGCCCACCACGAGGCCAGGUCGGUGGCGACGGCAGCGCACGCGCUGGCCAAGCUGGGCUGCAGGGACCGCGGCGCGGCGGACGCCCUGGUUGCCGCGGCGCACGCCCGGGUCGUCGGCCUCGACCGGCAGGGGGUGGCGAACCUGGCGUGGGCGCUGGUGCGGCUGCCCCUCGUCGCGGGCCCGGAGGGCAGCCGAGCGCUGGCAGCGCGGCUGGCGCGGUGCGCCCGCGGGCCUUCGGCUGCCGACUUCCUUCCGCAGGAGGUCUCCAGCCUCCUGUGGGCCCUGGCGCGCUUCGGCGUGCAGGACAGCAAGCUCAUGUCGGCGAUGAGCGACAGGGUGCUCAGCGGUUCCGCAGACUUCACGCCGCAGGGCCUGGCCACCGUGGCGGCGGCCUACGCCCGCCUGGGCGUGUUCAUGGAGCCCCUGCUGGACGAGAUAGGUCGCGCAGCCUGGUGGCAGCUUGACAAGCUGAAUGGCCGCGACGUGGCGCAGAUAAUCUGGUCGUUCGCCAAGUUCAAGAAGAUGGAGGAGCCCAUGUUCGAGGCGCUGUGCGCCCACGCGGCCGAGCUGGACCUCAGCAGAGAGGGCAAGGACCUCGUUGUCAACCUGCUGUGGUCCUUCGGCACUCUGCAGUGGGUCCCUCCCCAGGGCUGCUCACUGCUGGAGAAGCUGCUGCUCAGGGCCAGGGAGCUCGCCCCGCAGCUGCGCGCCCGCCGCGCCGUACGGCUGCUGACCGCGCUGGCGAAGCUCCACGGGCACGCCGCACUGGGCGCCCGGGCGCGGGCCGCCCUGGCGGGCGUGGCGGAGCUGCUGUCGGAGGGCUCGCGGCAGCUCGUGGAGGACACGGGCCCCCAGGAGGUCGGCACCUCGGCGUGGGCCCUGGCGACGCUGCGGCCGCGGGGGUGGGGCGCGGCCGCCAAGGCGCUCUUCUCGCGCGCGCGCGUGGUCUCGGAGGACCUCAACUGGUUCUCGGUGGCGCACCUCGACUACGCCAUGCGGCUCGCCGGAGGCCGCAGGAGUUUCAUGACCUCGCGGCGCGCGCCGCGGUGGGGCCGCUGCUGGGGCAGGUGUUGAUGACCCUCAGGACGUGUGCUGACCCAGAUCUCCGACGAUGUUCUAGGCCUCCCAGAUGGGGUCUGGAGUGGUUAGAUGGGGUCGGAGGAUCGCGCCGCAUCGCCGAUGCAUCGGCGAUGCGGCUCGAUG